GUAAGUACAUUUGUCGGGUAUUCCCUUGCAUAAUCAGUUAGACAUGGGGAGGUCACCUUGCUGUGACAAGGAAGGCAUGAAGAAGGGUCCUUGGACGCCAGAAGAAGACCUCCUGCUCGUCUCCUACAUCCAGGGUCAUGGUCCUGGAAACUGGAAGGCUGUCCCCAUCAAUACUGGUCUAAUGAGAUGCAGCAAGAGUUGCAGACUGAGAUGGACGAAUUACCUGAGGCCAGGGAUCAAGCGUGGCAGCUUCACAGAGCAGGAGGAGAAACUCAUCAUACAUCUGCAAGCUCUUCUCGGUAACAGAUGGGCAGCCAUAGCUACCUAUCUUCCGGAGAGGACCGACAACGACAUCAAGAACUACCGGAACACGCAUCUGAAGAAGAAGCUGCAGAGAAAGAUACCAAAAGGCCACCAAUUAGGGGAAGAGGCUACGAGUGUAUCAGGCGGACACGAUGCGUGCCUCUCCAUGGAUUGCCAGCCGCCCAUUCCAAAAGGGCAGUGGGAGAGGCGGCUGCAAGCGGACAUCCACCUGGCCAAGCAGGCCCUGCGCGAUGCCAUCUCGUUGAGCAACACGCAUCCGUACGCAUCCAGCACGGAGAACAUCGCUCGACUGCUCCAGGAAUGGAUGAAGCCUCCUCCGUCUACCAAGAGGACUGAUCCGGCCAACUCCGCCGUCGACUGCUCUACCUCUACUGCUGCUGCUGCUGCUGCUUCUAGCUCAUUGCUCUUGCCUGAAACUCGUGCCUCGGGUGCGUCGGAGAUCAAGGCAAGUGUGGGAAAAAUUCAGACGCCGCUAUCGAUUCUCGAGACUUGGCUGCUGAACGAAAGCAUGGAACAGGGAGACACGCCCCCAAUGGACCCGACUUUAGAUGACAACGCAGCCCUGUUUCAGUUUAACUCAGUGAAGGAUUAGUAGUGGGUAAAUUGAAAGCGAGCAUGGCUUAUGAAAUGAAUGUAAAUCCGUAAAAUUGUAUCUGCACGAUAAAAUUCGAGAUUUCAUUACGUGUGUUCUUCUACUCCAAGGGAAUGGAGAAAAACAUAC